UUUUUUUCUUUUUUCUUUUUUCUUUUUUUUCUUUUCUUUUAUGGCCUAUAUUACACGCCGUUUUUUUCAUAUGACUAAAUCUUUAAAUCAAGUAUACGAUUAUCUUGUUAUUGGUGGUGGUUCCGGUGGUCUUGCCUCUGCUCGUCGUGCUAGUGGGAUCCAUGGUGCCAAAGUGGCCCUUGUAGAAGCUCAACAUCGUUUAGGUGGUACUUGUGUCAAUGUGGGUUGUGUACCUAAGAAGGUCAUGUGGAAUGCAGCCUCGAUUGCCGAAGCUUUACGGGAUGCUAAACAAUAUGGAUAUGAAAACCAAGAUAAACCUGCAAGCAUUAAUUGGAAUGUGAUCAAACAGAAACGGGAUGCCUAUGUAAAACGAUUGAAUGGGAUUUAUGAACGUAAUCUCGGAAAUGAUAAAGUAGAUCAUAUUCAAGGCUUUGCUAGCUUUAUCGAUAAGAAUACCAUUCAAGUUCAACCUACAGAGGGUGACGCUAUUCAAGUUCAAGCUAAGAAUAUAUUGAUUGCUCCAGGAGGUCAUCCAGUGAUGCCUAAUAUCCCAGGUGCUGAACUUGCUAUCAACUCUGAUGGCUUUUUCGAUUUGGAAGAACAACCUAAACGUGUGGCAGUGAUUGGUACUGGUUAUAUUGGUAUUGAAUUGGCUGGUAUCUUCAACACUUUGGGUAGUCAUACAACUGUAUUUUCUCGUACUCAACAAAUCUUGCGGAACUUUGAUCCCAUCAUCAAGGACAAUUUAUUAAAGGAAAUGCAAUCCGUAGGUGUGGAUUUUGCUUUCGAUACCAAGGUCAAGGCAUUGAAACGCAAAGAUGAUAAAAGUAUUGAAAUUGAAUAUGAAUCAGCUGGUCAACCUGCGACUUUGAAUGUGGAUUGUGUAUUAUGGGCUACUGGUCGUGAUCCUAAUGUACAAGGAUUGAAUCUAACUGCUGCUGACGUCAAAUCAACUGAACGUGGUCAUAUUCUUGUAGAUGAAUAUCAAAAUACAUCUGUACCUGGUCUUUAUGCUUUGGGUGAUGUUUGUGGACGUGAAGAAUUGACUCCAGUUGCUAUUGCGGCAGGUCGAAAAUUGGCUGAUCGUUUGUUUGGAGGACCACAAUUCAAGGAAUCCAAAUUGGAUUACAAUAAUAUUCCUACUGUUGUUUUCUCACAUCCUACAGCAGGUACUCUUGGUUUGACAGAACCUGAAGCACGUGAACAAUAUGGUGAUGAAAAUGUCAAGGUAUAUACUUCCAAAUUUGUCAAUAUGUACUUUGCUAUGUUGGAACAUAAGGAACCUACAGCUUAUAAACUAGUGGUGGUUGGCAAGGAAGAAAAAGUGGUUGGUGUUCAUUUAUUGGGUCGUGGUAGUGAUGAAAUCUUACAAGGUUUUGGUGUGGCUGUACGUAUGGGUGCUACCAAGAAAGAUUUUGAUAACUGUGUGGCUAUUCAUCCUACUGCUGCUGAAGAAUUGGUGACUAUGCGAUAAAUGAAUGAAUUUGAUUUUAUUUUAGUCAUUGUAGAUUUAGAUUUGUAUUUCAAUAAACAACUUCUUUGGUUUUGACAUU